AUGACAAGUCAAAAGUCGAUCCGCAUUCGACCUGAAACAAAAAAGGAUGAAUCAGCAAUCGAAGAAGUCACCUUAGCUGCUUUCAUGAAUGCCGAGCACUCAGACCACAACGAGCAAAACAUCAUUCGUGACUUAAGGGAAGCGAAACAGCUAUCAGUCUCGCUAGUCGCAGAAGAUGAACUUACACAAAGCAUUGUGGGUCAUGUCGCCAUCUCACCCGUCAAAAUUUCGGACGGCAGUGAGAAUUGGUACGGGCUGGGACCAAUCUCGGUUCUACCUCAGCAUCAAGGAAAUGGUAUCGGGACAUUGUUAGUCGAACACGUGAUGGCAGAUCUUAAAGCCGUCAUGCAGCCGGGUGUAUUGUGUUAG